AUGCGCCCCCAGCGCCCCGCCGCCGCCCCCCGGCCCGGGCGCCCCGGCCUCCGGCUGCCGCUGCCGCUGCUGCUGCUCCUGCCGCUGCUGCUGCUGCCCGCGCCCGGCGCCAGCGAGCCCGCCAAGGCCAAGCCCAAGGCGCUGCGGCCGCGGGAGGUGGUGGACCUGUAUAACGGAAUGUGCUUACAAGGGCCUGCAGGCGUUCCUGGUCGAGAUGGGAGCCCUGGGGCCAAUGGUAUUCCCGGCACCCCGGGGAUCCCGGGUCGGGAUGGAUUCAAAGGAGAAAAGGGGGAAUGCCUGAGGGAGACCUUCGAGGAGUCCUGGACACCGAACUACAAGCAGUGCUCGUGGAAUUCGCUGAAUUACGGCAUAGAUCUUGGGAAAAUUGCGGAGUGCACGUUCACUAAGAUGCGCUCCAACAGCGCUCUCCGCGUCCUGUUCAGCGGCUCGCUCCGGCUCAAGUGCAGAAGCGCGUGCUGCCAGCGUUGGUAUUUCACGUUCAACGGAGCCGAAUGUUCAGGGCCUCUUCCCAUUGAAGCCAUCAUUUAUUUGGACCAAGGGAGCCCAGAACUGAAUUCAACCAUUAACAUCCACCGCACCUCUUCCGUGGAAGGACUCUGUGAAGGAAUCGGUGCCGGGUUAGUGGAUGUUGCUAUCUGGGUUGGUACUUGUUCAGAUUACCCCAAAGGAGAUGCCUCUACUGGGUGGAAUUCAGUGUCUCGCAUCAUUAUUGAAGAACUUCCAAAAUAA